AUGCUGCCACAGCUGUCCUCAGACUCAAUAAAGUACGUCACCGCCGGUCUUGCGGGUUUUGUCCUUGGUGCGGCAAUCUGCUCGAGAACGCUGCUGGCUCCUGCUGCGUCUGCAAAGCAUCGGUCUAAGCGGUCAAAGCGAAAAACUGUCACUGAAUCGGAGAAGGAGGAAGAGGAUGAAGAGGAGGACGACGACGACGACGAAGAGUACACCGAUGACGACUCAGACUAUGACAGCGAAAGUGCCCCCGACAACAUCAAAGACGCUUCUCCUUUCGACAUGUUUGUCGAACACAAAAUGAUCCUCGUCGUCCGAACCGACCUCGGCAUGACCAAAGGAAAAGCUGCCGCGCAAUGCUGCCACGCUGCCCUCGGCUGCUACAAGCGCGCGAGCAUGAGCAUCCCCAACACCGUCCGCAUAUGGGAACGCAGCGGGCAACCUAAAAUUACCGUCCAGACCAAGGGCGAGGACUCGUUGCUGCUUCUCCAGGCUCUGGCCGAGUCCGUCGGUAUUACGCACUGUCUCAUCCACGACGCGGGAAGGACGCAGAUCGCGGCUGGGUCGGCUACUGUUCUUGGACUCGGCCCGGCACCGAAGAAUAAGCUCGAUCAGAUCACUGGUGAUCUCAAGCUCUACUAG